AUGUCUUUAAGAGAGACUAAUAUAUCAUUACCAAACGAAUUCAGUGGUUUAGAGAGGAUUUGUUUAACUGCUAAUGGUAAUUUACAAAGGGUUUUAAGUUCAUGGUUUAAUAAACCCGUAAUAGUACAACUUAUAAAAAAUGUCAGUGUUCCUAUUUGUCAUCAGAAAUCUUCUGAACAUAGUAAUCCAAUUUUACAAAAAUAUGAUCGAGAAGUCAACCUUAUAUGUGAAAGUAAAGUAGUUUGUAAUGCUAUAAGUGAAGUCAUAAUUCACGAUAGUUUUGUUCUAGAUUUGAUUAUGAACAAAGGUGUGGGGAUUGGCCAAUUAUUUAGAACUGCAACUACUUGGUGGAGAGAAUAUACUUUAAAAAUUAUAGGCGUUGAAUGUAAGAUUAAAGAAUAUUUUCCAAAUGGGAUGUUCAAAAAUGGAUGGAUUGAAAUUAAUAACAAUGAAAAAGAUAAACUCAUUAAUGGAGUACAAGAGUUAAAUAGUGAAAAUAAAAU